UACAAUGUUCAGUUUGGAUUUGCAUGCAUCAAUGAAAAACAGAAGAGCAAGCAAUGUGAGGAUUAUCAGGUGAUAUUGACCUGCCCCUCGGAUUUCUGUAAAGGCUGCAGAACAGCUUGGUUUAAUGUGGAUGAACCCACUGGCCGGGGGGACUAUGAAACCCUCGUCCAGCUGCAGGCGCUGUAUCCCGGUCAGGUCUGCCCUCGGCCUGUGGCCAUUGAGGCCAUGACGGCCUCGGGUGUCCCUGCACACAGGACCGGGGAUGUCUUUCAAACAUAUGAUGCAACUUUUGGCUUUGCCUGCGUGAACGCUGAGCAGCCGGGCGGCAAACUCUGCCAAGACUACAGGGUCCGCCUCGUCUGUCCUCUGACCUUCUGCUCGGCC